UAAAACUGCAAUUCCUGGAUCUGUGUCCGAAUGGAGAAGAUAUCCAGUUCCAAAGUUUAAUCACACCAUGAUGCAGAAAGUGGAGACAAGGAAUCCCCAUUGGACAGACAGGCUGAUACAAUGUGGCUACCAGAUUCACAGCUUCACCCCUGAAGAAAGGUCAGAGGGAACGUUCCUUAUGAAAAUGAUCGAAUGGCCUAAACCCCCCAACUCUGCUGUGCCCUUUCAGAAAAGCAGUGACCCAGCACACGUUCACUUUGUAAUUUUAAAUUCUGCAAAGACUUUCUAUGUGGGAGAUCAGUUACAAGUGAUGCUGCAGAUGAGUGAUUUUGAAGGUCACCCAAAGCGAUAUGGGGGUGACUAUCUCCAAGCUCGGAUCCACACCCCAGCUUUAAAAGCUGGUUCAGCAGGAACUGUUAUAGACAAUGAAAAUGGAUUUUAUUAUGUCAAUUUUACUUUAUCAUGGCCAGGGAAAGUUGAAGUCUCAAUUUCAUUGGUUCAUUCCAGUGAAGGGAUCCAAAUACUCAAAAGGCUACGUGAGGAACGAAUCUCAAGAGUUUAUUUUCAAAGUACCUUCAAGAAGGGGGAUACCUUACAGACCACUCGAUGUAAUCUUUAUUUGCCUCAAACUGAACCACUCUGUAACUUUACUGAUCCCAAGACUGGGGAGCCCUGGUUCUGUUACAAACCAAAGAAUUUUUCCUGCUCUGCUCGUAUCAAACGUGGCUUAGCAGGAUUUGAAAAAAAUCUCUUAACGGGAGAAGAGAAGCGCUAUUUCCAAAGUCGUAUCAACCUCAAGCAGCGCAUAUUACCCAGUGGCACAGGAUACAUAAUGGUAGAGCCUUCACCUCAACCAACUCCGGCUCUUGGAAAAUGUGUCCGAGGACAGCCCAUUGUAUCACCAUCUGGUUUUUAUUACAAGGACCAGUGGAUGUCAACGACCUGCAAUAUCUAUCACUUUGACACUCCUGCAAAAAUGACAGACUGUCUUCUUCGAAAAAUAGUUUAUCUAUUUGGAGAUUCCACUAUGCGUCAGUGGUUUGAAUACUUGAUACAAACGGUUCCAGGUCUCAAAACAUUGGAUCUUGGUAAUCCUAUCAAGAUUGGUCCUCAUCUUGGAGUGAACGUGGAGAACAACAUUGUGGUAGAAUUUCAUCCUCAUGGUCUUCCCAUCCAAUUCCGCACCUUUCCAAGACACCUGCGUUAUGUUUCAAAUGUACUGGACGAAAUUAGAGGAGGAGAAAAUACAGCUAUAGCCAUUACCUUAAUGGCCCAUUUCACCCCUUUUCCUCUUGAAGUCUAUAUUCGAAGAAUACAGCACGUCAGGAGAUCGAUUCUCCAGUUACUCAACAGGAAUCCGGAUACACUGGUUGUAAUAAAGACGGCCAAUGUCCGGGAACAGCCCCCACAGCUCGUUACCUAUUACAGUGACUGGUACGCUUAUCAGAUUGAUUCAGUGAUGAGGAAGAUGUUCACAGGCAUCAACGUGGUAUUUGUAGAUGCCUGGGAGAUGACCAUAGCACAUUACCUUCCUCACGAUAUACAUCCUGGGAGAAUUAUUAUAAAGAAUGAAGUAGAUGUGUUUCUUUCAUAUGUGUGCCCUUCUGUAAAAUGAUGACAUUUCUACAAAAUCAGUUCCAACCAGGGUUUUUUUAAUAAUCAUAUGAUUCAAAGUUUAAAUAACAUGUUCAUACCUUUGGGCUCUGGGCACUGCUAUUGGAUAUCACUGUCUGACACUUGUCUAACAAAUCAGGCCUGAAAUGAAUACCUGUGCACUUCACUCAAACUGAUCAAACAGACACACACUCUCGCACAAACACACAUACCUUCUUACUCACACAUACGCACACACACAACUGUCACACACACUUAUCCUUUUGCACACAGACACACCGUCUCACAUACACACACACACAUUCUCUUGCACACACAAAUACAUACGCUCACAUAUUUACACAAACACAGCUACAUACUUACACAUCCACUCUCUUACAUAAUCUCUCUUUCACACACACACACAUGUUGUCUCACACAUAAAAACACUCACAUAUGCCCUCUCUCACACAAACACACAAUCUCUCUCACUCACAUACAAACUCAAGCAGCUCUCUCAUAGACACAUACUCUCUCUCAUACACAUAGACAUACAUCCUCUCUCACAUACACAGACACUUACAUACAUUCUCUCAUGCACAUUUUUGCAUACACACACAUCUUACAGAUUAGAUUAGACUUACAGUGUGGAAACAGGCCCUUCGGCCCAACAAGUCCACACCGAACCGCCGAAGCGCAACCCACCCAUACCCCUACAUUUACCCCUUACCUAACACUACGGGCAAUUUAGCUUGGCCAAUUCACCUGACCCACACAUCUUUGUGCCUGUGGGAGGAAACCGGAGCACCCGGAGGAAACCCACGCAGACACGGGGAGAAUGUGCAAACUCCACACAGUCAGUCGCCUGAGUCGGGAAUUGAACCUGGGUCUACAGGCGCUGUGAGGCAGCAGUGCUAACCACUGUGCCACCGUGCCGCCCACAAACACUUUCUGUCUCUCACACACCUACAUAAACAAACAAAUUAUCUCACAUACACAUCCCUCACAUCCACACAUACACAUCCUGUUGCAUACACUCUUACACACACAUCCUCUCUCAUGCACACAUCUUCUUGCAUACACAUGCACAGACUCUUUCUCAUACAAACACACACACUCUCUGUCUGUCACAAACACUCUCACACAAGCACAUGCACUCUUGCAUUGUUUCUCACACAUAAUCUCUCACAAACAAAAACUCAAACAUACAUCCUCUCGUACAAACUCAAACAAACCAAACACACAGUUUCUCUCUCUCUCUCUCUCAUGCACAUAAAUAUACAUGCUCUCUCAUACACUCACACAUGCAGUCUCUCAUAGACACACAAAUACGCAUCUUUUUUACAUUCACACAAACACACACUCAAUCUCUCACACAGACAUUCUCACACACACAUCCUCUCGCAAACCCCAGCAGAUGCACAUAUACAUUCUCUCACAUGCAAACUAAAGUGAUUUGAAUUAGUUCAGCCCGAGAGAAGGGAGCUGGACCAGUGUCAAGGACUCCACACGUAAAUAAAGUGCAACUUGGUGACAA